AUGGCAAUGAGCCGUAUGCCUGCCUCAGUUCUGGAGACAGGUUACCAGACCCAGAAGGAUCCUCGGAGGCAUGCAGGAGCCACAGCCACACAAAGCUUGAUAACCAGUGCAUGGGACUUGAAUGUCAAAGUGAAAGUUGACUGGCUGUACUUAAAAUUCCAGGGAAUUUCAUGGAAAAGCCAGAUGCGUUAUUUUGCAGAGAGCUCUAGAUGUGUGGUUCUGGGGCCAUCUCGCCGGGACGCGUUGGGUCGGGCCCGGCUGUGCACGGUCUGGGCUAGCGGCUGGGCAACGCAGGGAUUACGUCUGAUCCGAUUAGAGCCCCGGCCGUGGGCCUCGCCCCCUCCCCCGAUGCUGCCAAAGCCCGCCCCGCCCCCGUGGGGACCUGGCGACCUCCCCAGGCACCUUCGCGGCUGCCAGCGCCAGACGGAUGCUGCGCCCCGCAGUGGCCGCAGGCCCCCGAGAGGCUCCGUGCGCCCCAGGGCACGCUGCUGUCCCCCGCGGGGCCCGGCCUCCUGCACCCCGCCUCCCGCCAGCCCAAGCCCCCCCCAGCCCCGCCCGAGCCUGCGGGUGUCUGCGCCCGCGGCGUCCCCGCCCCCGUCCUCUCCGCAUGCUGGAGCAGCCGGAGCGCGCUGGGCGGCCGGCCUGCCGGACCGAGGGGGCGGGCCCUGGGAGAGCCGGGCGGGUUGGGGGCGUGGCCUGCAGCGCCUCGAGGAGCCCGCUGAGGGCGGCGCGGGCCGGAGGGCGCCGAGCGGGCGGGGCCCAGGAGCCUUUGCGCGCGCUGAAGCCCCGCCCCUCGGCUUCCCGCCCACAGCGCGCGAGGUAGGCAGCGCCGUCGACGCCGAGGAGCUACCAGGCGCCCUGUCGUGGGGUCCCCGCGCCAAUGGCACGCGGGAAGGGGCCAGCGCCCCAGCCACCGGGGGCGACAAGGCCACGUGGACCGUGCCCUCCGACGACCCAGCCGCCGUGGGCCUUGGGGUCAGGCCCGAAGAGGCUCUGGAGGCAUCCGCCGCCGUGACCGGCGCCGCCUGGCCGGACUCUGACAGCCCCAGCCUGGGCGGAGUGACCGCCGAGGUGGGCAGUGGCGAAGCCCAGGCCCUGCCGGCCACACCACCGGCUCCCAUUGAGGCCUCCGUGGAGCAGUCGUCGGUGCCCCCCGCCGCACCCGAGGCUAGUGGGUCCCCGUCCCCCACCCCGGCCCACGAGCCCAGCCCGAGCCCCGAACUCCCCAAGGAGAGUCCCCUGGAGAUUUGGCUGAACCUGGGAGCCAGCACCCCCGACCCUCACGAGCCGGAUCCCACGGAUCCCCCCCAGGGCACGCGGGAGCCCCAGGGCUCUGACAUCCUUGACAUCGACUACUUCGAAGGCCUGGACGGGGAGGGCCGCGGCGCCGACCUGGGCAGCUUCCCGGGGCCGCUGGGCACCUCGGAGCAUCACCCUGACGGCGACCCCGGCGGGGAGACCCCGUCGUGGAGCCUGCUCGACCUCUACGACGACUUCACCCCCUUCGACGAGUCCGAUUUCUACCCCACCACCUCGUUCUACGACGACUUGGAGGAAGAGGAGGAGGAGGAGGAGGACAAGGACGCGGUGGGCGGUGGAGACCUGGAGGACGAGAAUGACCUCGGGGUGCCCACCAAGAAGCCGGGCCCGGGGGCGAGCCAGCCCCCCGGCCGGUGGCACCCCGCGCCCCCCCAGCACCCCCUGGGGCUGGUCCCUGGCAGCAGCAUCGCCCUCCGGCCCCGCCCGGGAGAGCCCGGCAGGGACCUGGCCCCGGGCGCCAACGCCACCGAGUGUCGCAACGGCUUCGUGCGACACAACGGCUCCUGCAGGUCCGUGUGCGACCUCUUCCCCAGCUACUGUCACAACGGCGGCCAGUGCUACCUGGUGGAGAACAUGGGCGCCUUCUGCAGGUGCAACACACAAGACUACAUUUGGCACAAGGGCAUGCGCUGUGAGUCCAUCAUCACUGACUUCCAGGUGAUGUGCGUGGCCGUUGGCUCGGCUGCCCUUGUGCUGCUCCUCCUCUUCAUGAUGACAGUGUUCUUUGCCAAGAAACUCUAUCUGCUCAAGACAGAGAAUACCAAGCUGCGUAGGACCAACAAAUUCCGGACCCCAUCUGAGCUGCACAAUGAUAACUUCUCUCUCUCCACCAUUGCUGAGGGCUCUCACCCAAAUGUAAGGAAACUUUGCGACACUCCCCGUACCUCCUCCCCCCAUGCUCGUGCCUUGGCUCACUAUGAUAACAUUAUCUGUCAGGAUGAUCCAAGUGCUCCCCACAAAAUCCAGGAAGUUCUCAAGUCUUGUCUGAAGGAGGAGGAAUCUUUUAACAUCCAGAACUCCAUGUCGCCCAAACUUGAGGGUAACAAAGGUGACCAGGCAGACUUGGACGUGAACUGUCUGCAGAAUAAUUUAACCUGA